AUGUCUGCCCCUAGUAAAGGCUUCAAUAUCAACCUGUCUCGAAUAUCCCCACGUGGCGGACAGAACUCAAUGCUCGCGUAUUCUGAAAAGUUGAAACACUUCCGCGAAGCUCGUGAACGACGUCAGUACGCUAAUUUAGGGGACGCUUUACAAGUCAAGGCCAAACACAUUCCAAAAAUAAGCCACUCACUUCCGAAAUAUUCACAGAAGAAGCCGGCAGUGACCUUGAAACAGAUAAGCGGAAGGAAGACAAGGUCAUUAGAUGGUGAUGACGUAAAUCGUUCUGUAUCACCUGGUUUUUCACUUCCGGGUAAUAUCACGAGGACACCGCGUGAUAAAGUUAUACCGGAAAUUAACGUGGCGAGCGCCAGUGAUGAUCAUGAUAUUGUGGGGUAUAAAAUCAGAAAACCCAAUAAAUUCGUCGAUCAGGCUACCAUGACCGAGACUAUUUCUAAAACGAAGGUAGCAGACUAUUUACGAACGAACGUUUUACCGCCAAUUAAAACAGACGACUUUAAGAAACAAGUGUAUAAAUAUUCGCCACGACGCGGGCACAUAACUCGUAUCAGACGACCAAAUCGCGCGAAAAGAAUGGAACUCCAUGGAUCGUUUUUAGACAGUAUUCCAGAAUGCGACAGCAGUACUAGCCCGACUCUAAUGUCCGACAGUGGCUCCAAUACCCAGACCAUUUCCAGUGUGCGACUACAGUCCAGAAGCUCUAUGUUGAAUCAUGACACAGCUCGACUAAUGGGGAGCAUUGAUCUCCACAUACCGACUGGCUCACUCCGAGACAAGCUGGGUGUAGAGUUAGUUCAUCCAGGGGAGAUAACCUUAAACUUCAAGCAGUCGCCCCGUUUAUCCAACAAGCAAUAUGAUAACCAUGCUAGACAAUUAGGGCAACCUAAAGCUCGAACGCCUGGUGGCAAGAAAGCCAAGCGACUGAUAUUUUUAAAUGACAGAGCAGAUAAUGUUGAGUUUAACGAAUAA